AUGAGGGAGUAUAAGAUGAACUCUGUUCCGGUUGGUUAUAAGAAUUGUCGUUUUCAUAGAGUCCUUAAGGGAUUCAUGGUUCAUGGAGGAGACUUUGUGAAGGGCGACGGCACCGGGAGCCUGAGUAUCUACGGCAGCAGCUUUCCUUUAGAGUCCCCGCAGCUGCAGCAGCAGCAGCAGCAGCAGCAGCAGCAGCAGGAGACAGUUCAGGGUUUGAGCGGAGCAGCAGCAGCAGCAGCAGCAGAAAAAGCAAUUGCUGCUGGUUGUGUUCCUCACUUUCGUGCUGGUCUUCUCUGCAUGGCAAAUGCUGCUGCUGCAACACCCAAGCAGCAGCAGCAGCAGAGCAGCAGCAGCAGCAGCAGCAGCAGCAGCAGCAGCAACGGCUGCCAGUUCUUUAUAACCUGCGGGCCCUGUCUUUGGCUUGACGGCCGCAACGAUGUCUUCGGCCACGUCAUAGGCAGAGACUCAUACCAAGUGCUGCGUAAGAUUGAGCACGUUUCUACAGACGCCCAGGGAAAGCCGCGCGUUGAUAUUACCAUCACCGAGUGCGCAGCAGCAGAUGCAGCAACCGCGGAUGUAGCAGCAGCAGCAGCCGCUCGUGCUGCUGCUGCAUUGACUGCACCAGAAGCUAUACUGCUGCAGCAGAAGCAACAGCAGCUGCAGCAGCAGCAGCAGCAGCAGCCGCUGCAGCAGCAGCAGUUGCUGCAGCAGCAGCAGCAGCAGUGUUGGCCAAUUGCUGUUUUUGUCUUUUAA